UCGCUUUUUUUACAUUUUCAAGUUGUCUUAUCGAUCAUAAGCAUGAUUAGAGAAGAUUGGAUGACAUUGAAGCUACAUACAGAAAGAGAUGUAAUGAUAAAGCGUAUGGGAAUCGCUCGAUUGAUUGUAAUUUGUGCAUACGUUCUGAUGAUAUUCGCGUUCAUUAUGAUUACCAUUUUGCCUUAUUUUGGCGUACCGUUCAGACGUUUGACAAAUCUCACGGAUCGAGAUAAACCAUUACCGCUCCAGACAUAUUAUUUCUACGACACAGAUAAGAAUGUGCAGUUCGAGUUAACAUAUCUUACUCAAGUUAUAGCGCUGUUUCUGGCCACGAUAAUUUAUACGUCAGUAGAUACUUUUCUUGGAUUUGUGAUUCUUCAUAUCUGCAGUCAAUUAGAAAACUUCAGACGGCGAUUAAUCAAUUUAAUCGUCGGCAAAGAGUUUAACAAAGCUCUGCGAAACAACGUAGUGACUCAUUUACGACUUAUCAGGUAUGUUGAUAACACUGAAGAUAUAUUCACUUUAAUAACACUCGGAUCGAUAAUAUAUUUUAGCAUUAUAUUUUGUCUAUCUGGAUUUGCGUUGAUCGUUGUAAUUACUAAUGAGAAAAUAAAUGUCAUGAAUUUCUCACGAAUAUGCUACAUGAUAGUAGCUAUCAUUAUUGUCUUUAUGCAAAUGUUUUUCUAUUGCUAUGCCGGAGAGCUAAUAAUAGAACAAUGGGAAGCAGUAUACCAUGCUGUGUAUGAUCAUGAGUGGUAUAAAUGGGAGUCAAAAGAAGCGAAAAAUCUUAUUUUAUUAAUGGUACGAGUUCAGCAACCCUGUGGUAUCACAGCAGGAAAGAUUGUUCCAUUAACGAUGACUACUUUUUGCAGCCUAUUAAAAACGUCAGCUGGUUAUAUAUCGUUUUUAUCGGCAAUACUGGAUUAAAGGAAUUAAGCUGAUAUUACAUAGUAAUAACAUAUAAUAAUACAUAGCAUUACACAUUAAUAAUACAUAAUAAUAGAUUAAUUCGAGAAAAUGAGAAUAUGAGAAAUGGAUAUAUUUUUCUCCAAUUAAGAAUAAUAAUAAAAGACAAUAAUUACAUUCAUUAUAAAGAAAAUAAAAGUUUGCGUUCGGGAUAUUUACCUCGUUGUUUGCGUCUUUUCGUAAAUUACGUUAUUUUUGUUUAUAAAUUACGAUCAUCAUUGUUACGUGAAUAGCUCGAUUCAAACUGUAGAUAUACACAUCGCGUUUUCCUCGUAUAGAAAAAAAAACAAAUUUUUAAUUUAACAUUUUGUCCGUCUAUUGUUGCACUUAAUGUGUGUUAUAUCGAUAAAUGUGUUCUCCUGCAACAAGCAUGCGAAAAAUAUGUAAAGCUACUGCGCGACAUUCUAUAUCUUUUGUAACAGUUUUUUUUUUGCUACCAUUUUUUGCUGUACAGAAAAUUUUUUCCAUUACAUAACAUGCAAUUAUUUGUCACUAUUUUCGAAGUUAACGCACGUACAUGAAGCGUUAGAAAAUACGAAAAAACUUUUAAUACAAGUUCGACGAUAUAUAGAGAUACAAUAUACUUUUCGCCUUAUCAAAAACAGGUGUUUCUAACUAUUUUUUUGCUUCAAGUUUUUAUGCGAAAAGUUUUGUUACGAAACAGGGGACUGUACAUGACUGGAAAUAGCAUCUUUAAUAUUUAAUGCCGCUUCGACGAAGUAGACAGGUUAUAGUACUCGCCUCACGAGCAUGCGUAAUAAACAACUUAUUAUAAGAUGGAAAGAAUACGACAGUCAACAACUUUUCAACAUAUUCGCAUUAGCCUUCGAUAUGAACAUAUCGGAAUUUUCAGGAUACAAAGGUAAUAAGUGUUUGUUAUUGUAAUGUUAUGUUUUCCACCCAUAGUACCUAUAUUCAAUGUUUCUAAUAAGAGUUUUUAAAUUAGUAUUGUAUUGCAUUAUUGUAUUGUAUCGCAUUAACAUGUCACAUUUCGGUUUUAUCACUUUUUAUUAAAAUUUUACAAUCCGCAUUUGCAUUUGUAAUUAUUGUAUUCAAGUUCUUUAUUUCAUAAAAAUAAUUUUUUCAGAUCUUGAAUGGGCGGUUGAAUUAAAUCGUCUGACAU